AUGGGCAGUCUUCUCAACAAAACCAUAUUUUGCACUCUUGUAACAACUGCAUUUCUUGUAUGCACCAAGUUUUUAUUCUCCCACUUGUCCAUUUCCUUUCACCUUAAACUUUUAUCACUCACUUUUCCUUUACUUCCCCUCAUCAUUCACUUUCUCCACCACAACACAGCCCGCAAGGCCGAUGUCCCGCCCGGGCCGCCUUCUUUCCCAAUUUUUGGCAAUUGGCUUCAAGUUGGCAAUGACUUGAACCACAAACUCCUUGCCUCCAUGUCACAAACCUAUGGUCCAGUAUUUUUGCUCAAACUUGGCACGAAAAAUCUAGCAGUGGUAUCGAAUCCCGAGCUAGCCAACCAAGUCCUACACACACAAGGUGUGGAAUUCGGUUCCCGCCCACGAAAUGUUGUGUUCGACAUUUUCACGGGUAAUGGUCAAGACAUGGUGUUCACAGUCUAUGGCGAGCAUUGGCGCAAAAUGCGCCGUAUAAUGACACUUCCAUUCUUCACCAACAAAGUUGUGCACCAAUAUAGUGAUAUGUGGGAAGAUGAAAUGGAUUUAGUAGUUUGUGACUUGAGAAAUGAUGAAAAAGUGAGAAAAGAAGGCUUAGUGAUCAGAAAGAGGUUGCAGUUGAUGUUGUAUAACAUCAUGUACCGUAUGAUGUUUGAUGCCAAAUUUGAAUCGCAGGAUGAUCCAUUGUUCAUUGAGGCUACCAAGUUUAAUUCCGAAAGAAGCCGGUUGGCGCAGAGCUUUGAGUACAACUAUGGAGACUUUAUCCCAUUGCUUAGACCAUUUUUAAGAGGGUAUCUCAACAAAUGCAGGGACUUGCAAAGGCGAAGACUUUCAUUCUUCAACAAUUAUUAUGUUGAUAAGAGAAGGGAACUAAUGGAAGCAAACGGAGAAAAACACAGGAUAAGUUGUGCAAUUGAUUAUAUAAUAGAUGCUCAAAUGAAGGGAGAAAUCAGUGAAGAAAAUGUUCUCUACAUUGUGGAAAACAUCAAUGUUGCAGCAAUUGAAACAACUCUAUGGUCCAUGGAAUGGGCAAUUGCCGAGCUUGUCAAUCAUCCUGAUGUUCAGAACAAGAUCCGCAAUGAAAUCUCAGCCGUCCUUAAAGGACGAUCGGUAACAGAAUCAAACCUCAAUGAAUUACCAUAUUUACAAGCCACAGUGAAUGAAACACUGAGGUUGCACACCCCAAUACCUUUGUUGGUACCCCAUAUGAAUCUUGAAGAAGCUAAACUAGGUGGUUACAGCAUACCUAAAGAAUCAAAAGUCGUGGUGAAUGCUUGGUGGCUGGCGAAUAAUCCGGCAUGGUGGAAGAAGCCUAAUGAAUUCCGGCCAGAGCGGUUCUUGGAAGAGGAGAACGGAACAGAGGCUGCGGUUGCUGGUGGCAAAGUUGAUUUCCGGUACUUGCCUUUCGGUAUGGGGAGGCGAAGCUGCCCAGGGAUCAUUCUUGCACUGCCAAUUCUUGGAUUGGUAAUUGCAAAACUGGUGUCGAAUUUUGAAAUGUUGGUUCCUCCAGGUUUGGAAAAGAUAGAUGUGGGUGAAAAGGGUGGACAAUUCAGCUUGCACAUUGCAAACCAUUCUGUUGUCGUAUUUAAACCAAUCAAGGCAUAG